AUGUCAAAGAGAAAGGUUAAGGAGCCCAAGGAAGAGGCUGCUCCGCUUGGUCCUAUUGUGCCUGAUGGAGUGAAUGUUUUUGGUGUUGCCCACAUCUUCGCAUCAUUCAAUGACACAUUCAUUCACGUUACUGAUCUUUCUGGAAGAGAAACCCUUGUCCGCAUCACUGGUGGAAUGAAAGUGAAAGCUGACAGAGACGAGUCUUCUCCUUAUGCUGCCAUGCUUGCUGCACAGGAUGUUUCACAGAGAUGCAAGGAACUUGGAAUCACAGCACUUCACAUUAAGCUGCGUGCUACUGGUGGAAACAAGACCAAAACACCUGGACCAGGUGCACAAUCUGCUCUCCGUGCCCUUGCUCGUUCUGGAAUGAAGAUUGGUCGCAUAGAGGAUGUGACUCCGAUCCCAACUGACAGCACUCGCCGAAAGGGUGGUAGAAGGGGAAGAAGGCUGUAAGCAUUUUGCGCCGUUCCAAGCAAAGAUCAGGCUCUCCCUAUUUGCAUUAUGGUUGUCUUUUCAAACAGCGAUUUCAGUACUUAAGUUGUUGUCUUUCUGAGUUUUGCCUAUGGCUUUUUGGUGACAAUGGAGACGAAUAGUUUACAUAACAAUAUCAGUUGAGCCGUCGCCUUUUUCGUUCCAUCAUCAGUGAGUUGGAUUUUGCAACUUUAUUAGUGUCAAAAUUGAGCUAAAGCAAACAGUCAUUGCUGUCAAGACUGUCGUCUUCUAAGAAUAUUAUGCUCUGUCGAAUCAUUAUAUCAACUGGCCUAGACUCAUUUUCGCCAUGCCAAAGGCUGUCGGGUUGGCUAUCCGUUUUGAUGGGGUCGUCAUCGUCAUAGUUGUUGAGUAUUCGGC